AAACACGAUCCCUCUCGGUCCUUUCUUGAUCUGCUUCAUCCUCAUCAGGGGUUCCUUAGGUCGGCCAAGAUGCCACCUGGCAUGCUCCGCCUGAACGCCCGACCCAGCGACAAUCCCAACGACCACAUCACCUUCAUCAAACCCCUCCCUUCACCUCAAAAUGAAGCCAUUGCUCGCGACUACCUCUGCAGAAUCGCAGCUAAGAUCCACCCGAUCAUGAGGGACCACGGAAUGGGUGUGAUGAGCUUAGAUGAAUUUCCACCGAACAAGGAAUUUUGGGGACGAAACUGGAAUGCGGGGGAGAAUAUCGAACUUGUCCUGUUAUCUCAUUCUCAAUCAUGGUUGCCAUUUCAGCAUGUGCAGAAUGUUAUGCUGCAUGAGUUGGCACACAUAAAACACAUGAAUCACGGUCCCAAGUUCUGGGCAUUCCUCAAGCAGUUACAGAAUGAGAUGAGGGAACUCGAAGCGAAGGGAUGGGAAGGGGCGGGAUUUUACGGGCGCGGAAACUCACUUUCCGGGGAAGUGGUGCAAGGGAGAAGAGAGCUUCUCGCGGCCGAGAUCCCGGAGAAUUUGUGUGGUGGAACCUGGACCCGCAAAAAGCGCCGUUCCACAAAACCCCGCAAGCCGAGGAAGAGAAAGUUUGCCGGUGAUGGUGCCAAACUGGGUGCAGACGAAUCCAAACGCUCACGGCUGGAAAAAGGAAAGAAAGUGGCGGCCAAGCCAAGAGUCGCACAGAGUAUACGCGGGCGCAAACUCCGUGCCGCGGCGGCGGAACGUCGAAUUGUUAUCGCGAAGCUCAAGGCAGAUAUGGCGGAUGAGACGUUGAUUAAGGCAAAGGAGGAGGAAAACCGUCGUCUUACCGCUCUGGGCGAGAAAGAGCUUCAAGGCAACGAUGACACCACAGAUGAUACCGGUUCGGGGGUGGGAAGUGAUACCGAGGACGAAGACCCGACCGAGGACGAGGGAGAGGAGGUGGUGGAGGUUAAACCGGAGCCAGAGGAUGAGUGGGGCUUGGACGCGAUGAAAAGGGAGAUGGAGGAAAUGUGUGGGACUUGCGGGGGACAGCCUCCAAGCUCCUCGACGAUCAGGGCGGCUUCGCU